GCGGGCCGUCGGAGAUCCGCUGGGCAGCAGCGCCGCGGGGAGUCCGGGCUGCUCCGGGGCUGCGAUGAGAUAGAGCCGGCGGCGGAGCGAGGAGCCCCGCGGAGGAGGGCGGGGGGCGGCGGAGAGCGACGCGACCCCCGGCCGCCCGCGGGUCGUAUGUUCAGGUCCAAACGCUCAGGGCUGGUGCGGCGACUUUGGAGGAGCCGCGUCAUUCCGGACAGGGACGGCGGAGAUGGGAGCGCGGCGGCGGCGCCGCGCGGGGACCCCAUGGCGGAGCGGCGCGGGGCCCGGCUCCGCGCCCCCGGCUCCGCGCCGGAGAGCGACGGCCGGACCGUGACCUGCUGCCUCUUCUCGGAGCGGGAGCCGGGCGGCCCCCAACCUCCCCCCGCCGCCGCCCCCGGCCCUGACGGCCCGACCGACGGCGGCUCCCCGGAGCGGCGGGGCCGGGAGGCGCGGGCGCGGCUGCUGCUGCUGGAGCAGGAGCUGAAGGCCGUCACCUACUCGCUGCUGAAGCGGCUGAAGGAGCGCUCGCUGGACAGCCUGCUGGAGGCGGUGGAGUCCCGCGGGGGGAUGCCCGGCGGCUGCGUCCUGGUGGCCCGCACCGAGGUGCGCCUGGGGGGCCUGGCGGCGCCCCCGCACCUCCUCCUGGGCAAAUUGUUCCGCUGGCCCGACCUGCAGCACCCCGCCGAGCUGAAGCCCCUCUGCGAGUGCCAGAGCUUCGGCGUCGCCGACGGACCCACGGUCUGCUGCAACCCCUACCACUUCAGCCGCCUCUGUGGGCCAGAGUCUCCACCACCUCCCUACUCUCGGCUGUCUCCUAAUGAUGAGCAAAAGCCACUGGAUCUAUCAGAUUCCACGUUGUCUUACACUGAAACAGAGGCUACAAACUCUCCCAACGUCACGCCCGGAGAUUUCUCAGACGCCAGCACGUCGCCCGAUGCCGUGAAGAGGAGCCAUUGGUGCAACGUGGCCUACUGGGAGCACCGGACGCGCGUGGGCCGCCUCUACACAGUGUACGAACAGUCUGUCAGUAUCUUCUACGACCUACCUCAAGGAAACGGCUUCUGCCUCGGACAGCUAAACCUGGACAACAGGAGCGAGACUGUGAGAAGGACUCGAAGUAAAAUUGGCUACGGGAUUUUACUGAGCAAGGAACCGGACGGGGUGUGGGCCUACAACCGCAGCGAGCAUCCCAUCUUCGUCAACUCCCCGACACUGGACAUCCCCAACUGCAGGACUCUGAUCGUGCGCAAGGUGAUGCCGGGCUACUCCAUCAAGGUGUUUGACUACGAGAAGUCCUGCCUGCUGCAGCACACGGCCGAGCUGGAUUAUGCAGACGGGCCCUACGACCCCAACAGCGUCCGGAUCAGCUUCGCCAAGGGCUGGGGGCCCUGUUAUUCCAGACAGUUCAUCACGUCGUGUCCGUGUUGGCUGGAGAUCUUACUCAGCAACAACCGGUAACCCUCCGAGGAAAGGAAAACACCGACGGCAACAAAACACACACACACAAAAAGAAAAAAAAAAAAAAGACAAAAAAAAAAAAAAGACACAGACUAUCCCAAAUAUCAUCUACCUAGAUUUAAUAUAAAGUUUUAUAUAUUAUAUGAAAAUAUAUAUUAUACUUGUAAUUAUGGAGUCAUUUUUACAAUGUAAUUAUUUAUGUAUGGUGCAAUGUGUAUAUGGACAAAAAACAGAAAAUGCACUUUGGCUUAUAUAAUUCUUUCAAUACAGAUUUUUAAAAAAAAAGAAAAAAAACAACAAAAAUUAUACAGCAAAAAUAGGAGAAAGCCCUAAUUUUGAUGUAUGGUUUUUUGAAAUAUUAUUAAUACCCAGACAAAAAGCUAAUACCAGUCACUCAUUGAUAAUAAAGUAUUCGCAUUA